AUGCUAAAAUUAACUUUUAUUAGAAAAAGAUUUUAACUUAUUUUGAAUAUUAUUUGAAUAAAAUAAUUUUUUGAGAAAGAUACAUUGUAUCCAGAACGGACCUGCGAGUCAUAUAUAAAUUAGAUAAAAAAUUAUCGAUUGCUUUAUCUAUUCACAAAUGAACAUAUUCAUUAUCAUGUGUUUGUAGCUCUUCAAUAUACUAUUUUGAGCGAUAGUAUCGACUUAGAUUCUUUAUAAGAACUGGCAUAACAGCUUAAAUGCAGUAUUCCAAAAACAGUCGUGAAAAAAGGUUCACAAGAUAACUAGCAACUAAUUUGAACAAUUUUGUGGUGAAAACAUUUUAUUAACAUGAAAUUUGAUAUCAUGAAGUUUUUUUUUACGAUAAUCAUAUUCGUCUCAUGGUCCACGCUAACAACGGCGAAUGAGAGUCAAAUCUCUUUGGAAUUUCCUACCUAUAAUGUGACUGACGUCGAACAUCUGUGCAAAAAUAAAAUAAUUUCCUUAAAUUUCACUGACUCAAAGAUAAUCUCUAUUGGUCGGGAUUUUAUCAAUAGUCCCUGGAUUACUUGCCUUAAUUUGACGAACACCCAUCUACAAAGUAUCGAGAAGGGUGCCUUCGACAAACUUCCUCUCUUAACUCAAUUGAUUCUUUCUAACAACAAUAUCAAUGGCAAUAAGCUCUUCGACUUUGGAGGUCACGAAACCUUAAAUAUUCUUAUUUUGAAUAAUGUAAUUAAUAACAUUAAUAACCUCUCCUAUACGUUACCUAAAAUUUCCGAAGCCUAUCCUAAUUUAGAAAUCUUGUCUGUCAGUGGAAAUUAUAUCAGUGACUUGAAAACUUCCUUAGAGAAAACUCCAUUUCCAAAACUGAAGAUCCUAGAUCUAUCCAAUAAUAACAUAGGAAAUACCAAUUUUGUAAAGUUGUUGCCAAAUAGCUUACGCUUCCUUUAUCUCCAACAUAACUCGCUCAUUUCUUUGUUUUUUGAUAAAAAACAAAUCGAUUUAUUGACAUUAAACUUGGAUAACAAUAAUUUGAGUUUUAUCAAGAAGUUGACAUAUAAUUAUUUGCCUAAUAAUUCGCAUAGUCAACAGUAUAGAAAGCCAAUUAUUAUCGUACCUGUUUCAAACAGUCUAGUGAUGGCUGGCCUGGAAAAUUUACAAUAUCUUUCAAUUUCCGCAAAUCAAAUUAAUAAUAUUGAAUCGAACGCUUUCGAAGACAUGAACAAGUUAGUCUAUUUGAACUUAUCCAGAAAUGAAAUAAGUUUCUUGGAUUCGGAGACAUUUGAAAAAUUACAAUCUUUGAGAUCGCUCGAUUUGAGUUACAACAAGCUCAACGAUGUCCCAGAGAUCUUAAGUGAAACGAUAAUCAGAAUUUUAUCUCUUAGCGGUAACAAAAUUACGAAAAUAACUUCGAACGCUUUCAUACAAAUGCCAAAAUUGACGAAAUUGUUAUUAGGAGAGAAUGAGAUCGAGGAUAUUAAUGUUAAAGCAUUCGCUCAGCUUUCGCUUUUAGAAAUAUUAGAUCUGUCGAAGAACAAAUUGAGCUCUUUGCCGGAAGAAUUCGGUAAAUCUUUAACAUCUUUAAAACAUUUGAAUGUAGAAGGUAAUCAAUUUACUUCGUUAGAAUCUUUAUCUCUGACAAGUAUGUUAUCAUCUGUGGAGGUGAAUGUUGCGAUGAAUCCAUUUAAAUAUUUAAAUGUUAACUAUUUAAAAACUUUGCCGCAGAAUCUUACCGUGGUUUUGAUAUAAAAAUCAUGUUUUGCAUUGAAAUUCCGAUAGAUGCGAAUCGAAAUGCUUACACUUAUUUUAUAAUGCAAUAAUAGAUAUGUUUUUUGUAAAUUCAACAUUUUUACAAAAAGAUUUCUUCAUGAAAAGGCUUACAACAAUCCUGCAUUUUUAUAUAAAGACGAAAUCUUUUUUGUAAACAGGUUGAAAAGCCUGCGAUAAAUAUACAAAAAUAUUUCUACGUUUGAGAUAAGAGAAUUACAAUGAUAAAAAUUUGCCUUAUCUAGAGCAUCAAAAAUUGAAUAUACUUGAAUGUACUUUAGCAUUAAUUAUAUAAUUCUUAUAAUCACGUAAUAGAACUUUAUAAUCAUUAUAUUAUUAUAAUUAUUAAUUAUCAUUUAUAUUUGUAAUUUUGAUUAGUUAUUACUUAUUAAUCAUGUUAUGUUUUUUUUUUAUAAUUGGGAAUAAAUAUGUUAUAGAAUAAUAAAUACAUAUAA